AUGAGCGGAGCGCGCGGCAGCAGGAAGAAGUGGUGGUGGAUCGGUGGCGCCAUUGCUCUCAUCAUCAUCAUCGCCGCAGCCGUAGGCGGCACGCUUGCCGCAAAGAAUUCUUCGUCGUCCAAGGGCUCAAAUACGGCCGGCGUAGUCAAGACGUCUGGUAACGACCCUUCCAGCUUCACGAAGGACCCGCGACUGAAGCAGAGCUUCUACAGCAUGUGCUACACUCCGUUCCACGCUCAAUACCCGGCUUGCGGGGCGGUUCAAUCGAAUGUCACCGAGGACAUCCAGCUCCUUUCGCAACUGACUACCAGGCUGCGCCUCUACGGCGCGGAUUGCGGUGUUAGCGAGAUGGUCCUCACAGCCAUCGAAGAGACCAAAGUCAACAUGACCGUAUGGCUCGCCUUGUGGGUAGACGACAACGCUGAGACAUGGCAGCGUCAGCUCUCUACCACGCAAGAUGUGCUCAAGAAGCACGGGGUGGACCACGUCGAGGGCUUGAUUGUGGGCAACGAGUACAUCCUCAAUGGCGGAAGCGUGGCCACGCUGCUGGAGAAGAUCACCCAAGUCAAGACGUGGGUGUCGGGGCAGAACUACGCGAAGACAGUUCCCAUUGCGACGGCCGAUGCGGGCAGUAUGAUCACGACGGAGCUUGCGCAGGGAGUGGAUGUGGUGAUGGCUAAUGUGCACGCUUGGUUCGCCGGCACGCUCGUAAGCGACGCCGCUGGCUGGACGUGGGACUACACCAACAACAACGACCCAGGCAUCGCCGUAGCCGCGGCCACCAACAAGCCCGACCUCUGGAUCGCGGAAACGGGCUGGCCGACCAACGCAAACGACACUGCUUCGCUGACCCUGCAAGGCGCUCAAGCAGGUACGGCAGAGCUGCAGACUUUCCUCGACACCUUUGUCUGCCAAGCCAACGCAAACGUCACCGCGGAUGCCACGGCGGUUGCGGCCGGUACGCCGGUGACGGUGUACAACAAGUACGCCUUCUUUGAGGCCUUCGAUGAGACCUGGAAGUCCAUCUAUGGUGGUGUGGAGCCUUAUUGGGGGCUGUUUGACGCGAACAAGCAGCUCAAGAAUGUUACGAUUCCGGAUUGCGCCAGUGUAUGA